GUCCAUCGAAAUCGGCGGACUCGAAAAGUGACAUUUUUCAUUCAUCUCUUGUGUGCGCUGCACCACACACUCCUUUCUAUCGGUUGCGCGAUUUCAGGGAAGAGCGAAGGCAGGAGAAAAAAGUUUUAUCACCGUGUGAAAUUCCGUCGGAAAAAGUAGCGGAAACGUUCCGGAACCAGUGCGAAAACCAAACCCCAACAGAACAGCGAGCGCACAUACAAAACAUGGCUGCCAGUACGAGCGGUGAUAAAGCGGCGGAUGAUUCACUUUACCCGAUCGCGGUGCUAAUCGAUGAGCUCAAGAACGAGGAUAUUCAGCUGCGCCUAAACUCCAUCAAGAAGCUGUCGACUAUUGCCCUGGCCCUGGGCGAAGAGCGCACCCGCACUGAGUUGAUCCCGUUCCUGACGGAAACCAUCUACGAUGAGGAUGAAGUGCUUCUGGCGCUGGCGGAGCAGUUGGGCAACUUUACCGCCCUGGUCGGCGGUCCUGACUACGCCAUGUAUCUGAUUCCUCCGCUGGAAUCGUUGGCCACCGUUGAGGAAACCGUAGUCCGCGAUAAGGCCGUCGAAUCGCUGCGGAUUGUGGCCGCUCAGCACAGUGCCCAGGAUUUGGAAGUGCACGUUGUCCCAACGCUGCAGCGACUGGUUUCGGGAGAUUGGUUCACAUCCCGCACCUCGGCCUGCGGACUGUUCUCGGUUUGCUACCCAAGGGUGUCGGCCGCGGUCAAAGCCGAACUGAGGAACAACUUCCGGCAGCUGUGCCAGGACGAAACACCCAUGGUUCGACGGGCUGCCGCUGGAAAGCUGGGUGAAUUCGCCAAGGUCGUCGAGCUGGAGUAUCUGAAAUCGGACUUGAUUCCCAUGUUUGUGCAGAUGGCCCAGGACGAUCAGGAUUCAGUUCGUCUGUUGGCCGUGGAGGCUUGCGUCAGCAUUGCCCAGCUGCUGCCCCAGGAUGAUGUUGAACACAGCGUCAUGCCAACUUUGCGCCAGUGCGUCAAUGAUUCUUCGUGGCGAGUUCGGUACAUGGUGGCGGAGAAGUUCACCGGCUUGCAGAAGGCUGUUGGACCGGAAAUCACUAAAACCGAUCUUGUUCCGGCAUUCCAAUACCUGCUGAAGGACACUGAAGCUGAAGUUCGCGCUUCGGCUGCAACCAAGGUGACCGAAUUCUGCGCCAACCUGGAGAAGAGCAGCCAAGAGCAGAUCAUCAUGACUUCGAUUUUGCCCUACGUCAAAGAGCUGGUGGCCGACCCAAACCAACACGUCAAAUCGGCACUCGCUUCGGUCAUCAUGGGGCUCAGCCCGAUUUUGGGCCGCAACAACACCAUCGAGCAUCUGCUGCAACUGUUCCUGAUCCAGCUCAAGGACGAGUGGCCAGAAGUUCGACUUAACAUCAUUUCCACACUGGACUGCAUCAACGAUGUCAUCGGAAUUCAACAAUUGUCGCAAUCGCUGCUGCCGGCCAUCGUCGAGCUGGCCGAGGAUUCCAAGUGGCGCGUCAGGCUGGCAAUCAUCGAGUACAUGCCGCUCUUGGCCGGACAGCUCGGGCAGGAAUACUUCAAUCAGAAACUGCGCGAUCUCUGCUUCAACUGGUUGAAUGACCACGUGUACGCCAUUCGCGAAGCCGCCACACUGAACAUGAAGAAGAUCGUACAGACGUUCGGGACGCAGUGGGCCGAAACCAACAUCAUCAACCAGAUUUUGGUCAUGUACAAGAACAACAACUAUCUGCACAGAAUGACCUGCCUGUUCUGCAUCAACGCCCUGGCCGACGUCGUCGGAGCGGACAUCAUCAUGCGGCUGUUCCUGCCAACGAUCAAGGUCCUCUCGACGGAUCCGGUCGCGAACGUGCGCUUCAAUGUGGCCAAGACGCUGCAAAAGUUGUCCCCAUUCCUGGACCAGGCCGCCAUCGAUGAGCACGUCAAACCGAUCCUGGAGAAGCUGAACACCGACACGGACGUCGAUGUCAAGUAUUUCGCCUCGGAGGCGAUGGUUGGAAUUGCUGCCGCCUAAAUAGUGAAUCCGGGAUGAAUUUUGUAUGCAUUGUUAAUGUGUAAGCUAGGAGGAAAUAAAUCCAUUAUUAAUUCAGCGAUAUACCUUCAGCAGACUACUUAUCCAACUAGACAAAGGUGAGAAAUCAAUUGCAAAUUGGAAAUUGUGUUUAGAUAAAGAAAAACGUCGUACAUGGAAAAUGAAAAUUCUAAACUAUUUUGAACCCAAAAUGCUUGACAUGGGCGUAGUUUUAUACUCACAUUAAAAAUUACACAAUGAAUCAUUUCGCAUUGCUGAGAAAACAUUGAAACACUGAUAGCAGGUAGUAUCUGCCAUCAAAGUGGACGCAUUUUUUGGAAUCAUCACUAAGUUACGUGGUUAUUAAAACAUCCUUUUUUCAUUUGUCGAUUUUCGGGACGAAAGUUUAUUGCAAAAUACGUGGUAAUCCGCUAUAAAUCAAGCAAAUUCAAAAGAAAUGAAAAUAAAACAAGAUAAUAUGACAUACACACAAGAACCGAAAGUAUAUCCAAUUACAUUAACUUAGUUUAAGUUUACAAUUUAAUGGUAAACACACGUAACAUUUAAGGAAAUAAUUUAACAAACAAUAAAAGUCCAAUAAAGGAA